CGCCGUGCUGAACUCCUCAUCGUAUGCCUCAUACUAUCAUUAUCAUCUUGCACGUUGAACUGUACUUUAUUGGCUGUGCGAUUUUUCCGUUAAAUUUUUGAAGAUUUUACCAUCCCGGCGGUGUCUAUUAUCGCGUUAUUAUUUUCCCCAGUUCCGCAAAGGCGCGGUCGUUGCGCAACCUCUCCGAUCCGUCAGCAUACCGUUCCGGCACACAUAUCCGACCAUGUUGGUCCUGCAGAGUUUACUGCUGUCCGUCGGCAUCGAAGCGCUGGCGUAUCUGAAGUCGAUCGUCGUCUCGUAUCUGUACGAUGACGAUGGGACGUCCGGUCCCGAGGAAAAAAAUAUAAUUGAAAUUAGUAGUCAAAAAACAUGUGUUACUACCCUUGAUGAACUUGGUUUAAGAUUUUGGCCACCAUUAUACAUGCAAAGGUAUAUGGCUGUACAGGAGAUUCUUGAACAUCCAAUUUGGAAUGGAUCAAUAAAAAAGGUUGUGGACUUUGGUUGUGCUGAACUUGGUAUGUUUAAAUGCAUAAAACCAGUUCCUGGACUCAACAACAUUAUGCUUGUUGACAUAGAUUUUAGUUUAUUAGAUUUGAACCAAACCAAAGUGUUGCCAACAAAUUAUGAUCAUUUGUCAAUGAGUGAACGCAAAGAGCCUUUAACUGUAGACAUUUACAAUGGAAGUAUUGCUGAUCUAGAUGAUCGAAUGUUGGGUGUUGAUGCUGUUAUUUGUGUUGAACUAAUUGAACAUUUACAUUCUGAUGUUUUAAAUGCAGUACCACAUACUGUGUUCGAAUUUAUCAGACCAGCAUUGGCACUUUUUACCACUCCUAAUGUAGAAUUUAAUAUUCUGUUUCCAAAUUUUCACACAGAAUUCAGACAUGAUGAUCAUAAAUUUGAAUGGACUAGAAAACAGUUAAAAGAUUGGGCUAGAAAAAUAACUUCUUGUUAUCCUGACUAUGCUGUACAAUUUGAUGGUAUUGGGGCUGCUCCUUAUGGUGGAGAAAAACUUGGUUGUUGUAGUCAAAUGGCUAUUUUUUAUCGGAAGGAUAUGAAAACAUCUCCUGCUAAACCUAUUGGUUGUACACCUUAUAAAUUGUUAAGAAGAGUCAGCUAUCCUUUUGAACUUCAUGAUGAAAAUGUGAGGGAACGGACCAUAUACGACAAGUUAAUUAAAUUUGUUACAGAAGCUAGAUUUAAUCAUGAAUAUUUAAUAGAUGACUCUAUGGAAAUACCGUUGAAUGUAAUUUUGCCACACAUUUCAGAUUGCUGUUCAUCUAUAAACGAAUUAGA